AUGCCAUUUCGGGGGUGGGUGGGAGUUUCCGUGUUUGAGUAACCUCAGCGGGGCUGUCAGUGUGCAGUACCGAACUAGUGUCUGAGUGAGAACCGGCGGACGUGGACAUGGACCCCGACACUUUGCUCUACGAUGUCCCCCCGGCUGUGCUCGAGGGCUUCCACAGGAUCAUGGACUGCGGAGGGGACACCCUCGGGUGGCGUGGACUGGCUGUCCGAAUCCUCCCCAGCUACUUAGAACUUCGCAUGUUGGAGCGCUUGGAGGCGGCGGGCCGGAGUCCCAGCAGGGAGCUGCUGUGGUCCUGGGCCCAGCAGAACAAAAGGGUACGGGACCUGCAGAAGGUGCUACAGGACAUGGGCCACCUCAGGGCCCUGCAGCUCUUCCAGGGUCCAGCUCAAGUGUGGUCCGCAGCAGAAAACCAGACAGCCGGACUCACUUUGCAAGACGUCAUAGAAGGAACCCGCAAUUUUCAUCCUGAAACCAGAAUUGCAGAAGGCCACUUUGCUAACGUCUAUAGAGCACAGAUAGGAAGUAAUACAUUUGCAGUGAAGCUUUUCAAGCAGAUAAACGGCGUGACCUGGAAGAAGCUGUGGGAUGCCUUCAGAAAAGAAAUGGAGGUUCAUCACAUGUAUCAACAUCCAAACAUAGUGGAGCUGCUGGACUGUUUCUCUGAUGAGGAUCACUACUGUCUGGUCUACCCAUACCUCCCCAACGGAUCACUUUACCACAGGCUGCACCCACAGGAUGGAGAGCCCCCUCUGUUUUGGGAGGAGCGUCUCACUAUCAUCAAGGGAAUCGCAAAGGCUUUGCAUCACCUCCAUAUGGCCAGGCCCUGCCAAGUGAUCUGUGGCAACGUCUCCAGUGAGAACAUACUCUUAGAUGACGCCCUGCAGCCCAAGCUGUCAGACUUCGGGUUGGCCCGUCUACGUCCUUAUUCAGCCAUUCUUCAAUGCACCAUCACCCUCGACACGGGUUCCCACAGCAACCCGGGAUACCUCCCUGAGGAGUACAUCCGGGACGGCAAGCUGACCUUCAGCCUGGACGUUUACAGCUUCGGAAUGGUGAUAAUGGAAACAGUGACAGGACGGAAGGUCAUAGAGGACGCACCCAAUCAAAAACUGCUGAGAGACGUGUUAGUCACAGAGGUGGAGAACAGUGGUGGUGGUGUGGACUCUUGUCUGCGUUUUUUGGACGAGGCGGCCGGUCGCUGGCCGACAGCAAUGGCCAUCAGCCUCCUGGCUCUGGCCUUGGAAUGCACUGCAAGCCGCCCCCGCCUCAGACCAAGCAUGGAGAACGUACUUCUGACACUGAGCCAGCUGCUUCCUCCGCCCAGAUGCCCGCUGGCCGACCAACCCCGCAGCCUGCACGAUGAAGCCACUGUUACUGCCCCACAGAGCCCCUUGUCCUCCAUCCCCGUGGAGCACGACGAGCAGCGCAGCCCCCUUGCCUCUUCAUCACUGACAGGGCCCAGCGAGUACAGCCAGUCAGAGGUGGCCUACCUGAGUGACACUAUGGGGCCCUAUGGGGAGGCCGAACCCGACCUGUACAGCAGCUUGCCCGUGGAGUGCAGCUGCUCGGCCGAGGCGGCUGGCCAGGCCUGCGAGGACUGCAGGGCCAACAGGAUGGCCGCCGACCUCGCAGAGAGUCCUCAGUAUUCCAGCAUGGUGGAAAACAAAGCCAAGAGCAGGCUGAGGGACAAACUGAGUCUGUACAACAAAGGGCUGGUUCAGACAGAGGAACUGUUCUCUGAGGCAGGGCUGCAGUAGAGGGCAGAGUUCCUGUUUCGGUCCGGACAACUUUUCUGUGGACCUAUCUGAGUGUGUGUGUGUUUCUGUCUGUUUGCUACUGUAGCAUCCUCUGUACUGCAGCAGCUCAUACGUGUUGAGAACAUGUUUCUCAGGUGAUCUGAUCAUAAGCGCACAGCUCUGAGUUCAGCAGUUCACACCUGGCAUUAGAGUGGGUCUCCACAUGUGUCUCCUGUGGCUGGACCUCCCCGCUGUAUAUAUAGUUACACACGUUAUUGCCACUACUGUUAUUAGCAUUAUUAUUUUGCCGUUAUUCUAUGAUCUUCAACAGGUUACUACCUCUAUAACUUAUUUUUUAAAUCAAGAGUGGCUCUGUAAAGAUCUCUGUUUGUACCUUUCCGUUAACCGACCCUGAUGCAUUAAACCAAAUCUAUCUGUUUUAUAAA